CACAUGCAUCCUGGUUUUAUUAGAUCGAUUCUCAAAGUUUUCACAUCUUUUGCCCCCCAAGGGUUUACUGACUGCCUUGGAGACAGCAGACCUGCUCUUCAACCACAUCUUCAAAUAUUACGGCAUUCCCGAAGACAUUGUCUCAGACCGAGGCCUACAAUUCUUCUCCACUUUUUUAUGCUUCUAGGUGUGAUUGUCAGCCUCACCUCACAUCAUCCACAGGCUGACAGACAGACAGAGAGGAGGAUAUAAGAGAUAUAAGAGAUUUCCUGCGAACCUUCUGCCAUGGCCACCAGUUUCUGGGCUGGGCAGAGUACACUCAGGUUGCACUGGACUCACUCCCUUCCAGUGCAUACUUGGUUACCAGUCCACACUAUUCCUCUAGUCUGGGGAACCAUCUGAUGUCCACCCAGCUGAGACCCCCCAUAUAUCAGCUGGGUCAAAAGGUUUGACUGUCGACAAGACACAGAGGCUGCCGAGGUUCCUCAUUCCUAGUCCUGGACAGUUACUUUUCCACACAGUUUAGUUAGCUCUAAUUAAACACACCUGAAUCAACUAGUCUUGGUCUUUGCAUAUUUUUUAAAAAUGGCCAGGUAUGUCAUAAAUGUAAUCUCAGCAGCCAUUUUGCUGUUCAGGAGAAACUUGCUUUACUGACUCUGAGACACGCCUGUUUUACACACGACACAAACACAGAACCAGGAAACAGGAGUCCAUAAAACUGAAAGUGAAAGUGUAGUCGAGCUGUCGUGAGUUUGUGUCUCUGUAUUCAUGCAGUAAAAUGGCAGAAGCUAGAUUUUCUCAGGAUGAGUUCACUUGUCCAGUGUGUCUGGAUCUCCUGAUGGAUCCGGUGACCAUCCAGUGUGGACACAGUUACUGUAAGAGCUGUAUUACAGGCUGCUGGGAUCAGGAGGAUGAGAAGAGAGUCUACAGCUGUCCUCAGUGCAGACAGACCUUCAGACCCGCUUUAUCUAGAAACACCUUGCUGGCUGAAGUGGUGGAGAAACUGAAGAAGACCAAACUCUCUGCUGACUGUGACGCUGGAGCUGGAGAUGUUCAGUGUGACGUUUGUACUGGAAGAAAAUACAGAGCCGUCAAGUCCUGUCUGAUGUGUCUGGAGUCUUACUGUGAGAAUCACCUUCAACAACAUGAGAGUUGGUUUAAAGGAAAGAGACACAAUCUGACCGAAGCCACUGGACGACUGCAGGAGAUGAUCUGCCAGAAACACAAGAAGAUCCUUGAGGUUUUCUGUCGCACUGAUCAGAAGUGUAUAUGUGUGCUGUGUACGAUGGAUGAACAUAAAAACCACGACACUGUAUCAGCAGCAGACCAGAGGACAGAGAAACAGAAUCAGCUGAAGGAGACUCAGAAGACGCUCCAGCAGAGAGUCCAGCAGAGAGAGAAAGAUCUCCAGCGGCUGAGAGAGACUGUGGAGUCUCAUAAGCGCUCUGCACAGACAGCAGUGGAGGACAGCGAGAAGAUCUUUACUGAGAUCAUCUGCUCCAUUGAGAGAAGACGCUCUGAGCUGAUACGACUGAUCAGAGAUCAGGAAAAGCAAGCAGUGAGUCGAGCUGAAGGACGACUGGAGCGACUGGAGCAGGAGAUCAAUGAUCUGAGGAAAAGAGACGCUGAGCUGGAGCAGCUUUCACACACACAGGAUCACAUCCAGUUCCUGCAGAGUUUCCAAUCUCUAUCAGCAUCUUCUGAAUCUCCAGACAUAAAUGAUGUCACCUUCAGUUCUCUUGUCAUUUUUGAUGACCUGAAAGAAUCGGUCCAUCGCCUGAGAGACAAACUGGACGAUUUCUGCAAAGAGGAGCUGAAGAUCUUAGACAGAGAAACAUUCCCCUGCAUUGGUUUUUGGACGAGGAACGACUUCCGACAAUAUUCCCAUCAGCUCACUCUGGAUCCAAACACAGUAAAUAAACUACUCCGUCUGUCUGAGAGCAACAGAGUGAUUGCUAACACUGACACCGUUCAGUCAUAUCCUGAUCAUCCAGACAGAUUUAGUUAUUGGCCUCAGGUGUUGUGUAGAGAGAGUGUGUGUGGACGCUGUUAUUGGGAGCUGGAGUGGACUGGAGAUCGAGGUCUGGAUAUAUCAGUGGCAUAUAAGAGCAUCAUCAGGACGGGAGAAAGAUUAGAGUUUGCAUUUGGAUUCAAUAAUCAGUCCUGGAGUUUGUACUGCACUCCCUCCAGAUAUACAUUCAAACACAAUAACAUAAAGACAGAUCUCUCUGUAAAGUCCAUCAGCAGGAGAAUAGGAGUGUUUGUGGAUCACAGAGCAGGAACUCUGUCCUUCUACAGCGUCUCGGACACAAUGAACCUCAUCCACACAGUCCAGACCACAUUCACUCAGACACUCUAUCCUGGGUUCGGUGUUUAUAAUAAAUCAUCAUUAAAACUUUGUUGAUGAAUCAGAACAGAUUGACGAGAGAUUCUACCGAUAAUGAUGUUAUAGAGUAUCUUCUUUUAUCUUCAUUGCAUUAAUACUGCAGCUGAACAUCUGUAACUGAAAUAACGUGCUAGAAUAAAUGUGUGAAUUAAAUCCUCAUAUAGACAGUAAGAUCAGUGUGUAUGUGUUUUCUUAGCCUUUAUUUGUUCAUUGAGUUCAGUGUAGUAUCAAAUCAAUCAUGUUUUAUUAUUACUAUCAAAAUUUAAUUCAAACAAUAACACAUCAAUAAAUCAUUAUUCACCUCA